CCGGCCGGGGCCGUCACCGGGGAGACGCGGCCGCCCCGCCGCCCGCAGCCCUGAGGGCCCGGCCCGGCCCGGCCCGGCCCCGCCGGCAGCAGUGGAGUGGGAUGCCAUGGCCAGCUCCUCGGACAGUGAGGACGAUGGGUUCAUGGCCGUGGACGCCGAGGACGCCGCGGCCGAGGGGACGAUGGAGCAGGAGGAGGAGCCCCAGGCCGAGCUGGAGCUGGAGGAGAGCAGGCACAGCCGAUCCAUGCUGGAGCUGCCGGAGGAGGUGCUGGAAUACAUCCUGUCCUUCCUGUCUCCCUACCAGGAGCACAAAACCGCCGCCCUGGUGUGCAAGCAGUGGUACCGGCUGAUCAAAGGUGUGGCCCAUCAGUGUUACCACGGGUUCAUCAAGGCAGUGCAAGAAGGGAACAUCCAGUGGGAGAGUCGCACUUAUCCCUAUCCCGGCACCCCCAUCACCCAGCGCUUCUCACACAGUGCGUGUUACUACGACCCCAACCAGUCCAUGUACGUGUUCGGGGGCUGCACCCAGAGCAGCUGCAACGCCGCCUUCAACGACCUCUGGAGACUCGACCUCAACAGCAAGGAGUGGAUCCGGCCCCUGGCAUCAGGUUCCUACCCCUCCCCCAAGGCUGGGGCCACCCUGGUGGUCUACAAGGAUCUGCUGGUGCUUUUUGGGGGGUGGACCCGGCCCAGCCCUUACCCCCUGCACCAGCCCGAGAGGUUCUUCGAUGAGAUCCACACCUACUCACCCUCCAAAAACUGGUGGAAUUGCAUCAUGACCACCCACGGCCCCCCUCCCAUGGCAGGACAUUCCUCCUGUGUCAUCGAGGACAAGAUGAUUGUUUUUGGGGGAUCUCUUGGAUCUCGGCAGAUGAGCAACGACGUGUGGGUGCUGGAUCUGGAGCAGUGGGCCUGGUCCAAGCCCAGCAUCUCAGGGCCCAGCCCUCACCCACGGGGGGGCCAGUCCCAGAUCGUCCUGGACAACGAAACCAUCCUCAUCCUGGGGGGCUGCGGGGGCCCCAACGCCCUCUUCAAGGACGCGUGGCUGCUGCACAUGCAGGCCAACCCCUGGACGUGGCAGCCGCUCAAGGUGGAGAACGAGGACCACGGAGCGCCGGAGCUGUGGUGCCAUCCUGCCUGCAGGGUGGGGCAGUGUGUGGUGGUGUUCAGCCAAGCCCCCAGCGGGAGGGCCCCGCUCAGCCCCAGCCUCAACUCGCGCCCGUCGCCCAUCAGUGCCACGCCGCCCGCCCUGGUGCCGGAGUCGCGGGAAUACCGCUCGCAGUCCCCGGUGAGGAGCACGGACGAGGCUCCCUGCGUGAACGGCCGCUGGGGCACCCUGCGCCCGCGGGCACAGCGGCACACGCCGGCGGGCUCCCGCGAGGGCAGCCUGUCCCCGGCCAGGGGGGACGGCUCCCCCGUGCUCAACGGGGACGGCGCGUCCCCCGGAGCCCCCCCGGACAGCCCGGGGCAGGCGCUGUCCCCCGGCACCCCCUCGGCCGCCGAGGGCCUCGACCCGCGCGUGGGGCCGGGGCCGCGCCGGGGCUCGCUGCCGGAGCACGGGGAGCUGCGCCUGGGCGCCGCCGAGCCGGGCUGGGAGCACAAGGCCCUGGACGGCGCCGAGGGCAGGACGGCGGGCGCGCGGAUCCCCCCCGAGCACACCAACGGCCUGCACAGCCCCCCGCCCGCGCCCGGCUCCCUGCCCCUGUCCCCCGGCUCCCUGCCCGUGUCCCCCGGCGCGCUCCGCCGCAGCCUGGAGGCCGUCAAGGCCUUGGCCUCCAAAGCCGCCUCGGCCUCCUCGGCGCUCAGUCCCCCCCCGGCGUCGUCCCCGGGCUCCCCCGGCGCGGAGCCGGCGCGGGCGGGCGCGGCCCAGGGGGACGGGCACUCCCUGCCGCCCAUCGCCCGGCGCCUCGGCCACCACCCGCCCCAGUCCCUGAACGUGGGCAAGCCCCUGUACCAGAGCAUGAACUGCAAGCCCAUGCAGAUGUACGUGCUGGACAUUAAGGACACCAAGGAGCGGGGCAGGGUCAAGUGGAAAGUGUUCAACAGCAGCUCCGUGGUGGGACCCCCCGAGACCAGCCUGCACACGGUGGUGCAGGGCAGGGGUGAGCUCAUCAUCUUCGGCGGCCUCAUGGACAGGAAACAGAACGUCAAAUACUACCCCAAAACAAAUGCCUUGUACUUUGUGCGAGCAAAGAGAUAAUGCGGCCCCAGCCCGCCGCCACCCCCGUCCUCCCCCUUCCCGCGGCUCUUCCCGGUCCUUCCCGGCCCCCGUCCCGUCACACAGCGACCAAACUGUGAAUUAGGGAGCAGGAAACCAAUAAAAGUCCGAGCAAAGCCUCCAGUGCUGCCCAGUCAGACCCCAGUGAAGCCAGUGGCGGAAGGACCCCAGGGAUUUGGGGUGGAUGGAAUUCUGCCAUCCGGGACCCCCAGAAGGUUGAUUUUCUGAGGGUUUGGGAGGCUUCGUCCCUCCAAAACCCCUCCAGAGCUCCUUGAGAGCCUCAUGGGGUUUGAGUGAACCUGGUUUUGUAGGAACGACCCAAACUCUGGCAGGCAGGAGGAAGGAGCCAGGUGAAUUCCACGCCUGGCUCCCUCAGGAGAACAGCAGCAAUAUCCCGCUGGGAAUGCCCAGCGCUGGGAAAUCCUGCUCGACACAAACACGAUGCCUUUUUUUUUGCCUCACCUGCCGCUCUCGCCCCUGUCCUUGGGCAGGGCCAAAACAAGGAGGAAAGGACAGGAUUUUGUGUCAGAAUGCCAAAUAUAUUGAUUGUUCCCA